ACGAGACCGUUCGUCGCAGAUGUCUUUCGUUCUAGAAAGCAAGAUGCUUCCAAAGAUGGGGCAGAAGACAAGAAGGCCGUAGAGGCCAAAGUCGCCGAAGUCCAGCGCCGGUUAGACGACCUCGGUAUCCAGAACGUUACCGCAGACCACAUCAAGGAGAUCAUGACGAAUGAAUAUGCCCAGGGCGACCCGGAAAAGACGGCCGACUUCAUCGACAUCGAGCAAAAAUCCUCAGCCGGCAUCAUUGUGCCCUACGACCCCCAAGUCCAUAUGGUUGGCGCCGAGAACCGCAAAUUUGUGACGUGCUACCUGGACACGCUCCUGUUCUCCAUGUUUGCCAAGAUGGAUGCCUUCGAAUGCAUAUUGAAGAACAAGUUCCCCCCCGAGGACAGCAGGAACAAGUUGGCCAACCUGUUGCGAUUAUGGGUCAACAUGCUUAGGACAGGGAAAUUGAUACAUACAGACCUGACGGAGCUCAUACAGGAGACACUUGCUGAGUGUGGGUGGGCAGACGCCCGUGAAUUGGAGCAACAAGACACGUCGGAGGCGUUCGCUUUCAUCACGGAGACGUUGCAGCUGCCGCUUCUUACCUUGCAAGUCGAUCUCUUUCACCAUGGUAAAAGGGACAAGGACGACCACAAGGUCGUGUACGAAAGACUUCUCAACCUCGCCGUGCCCCCCGACCCGGAGGGAAGGGGAAUCAGACUCGAAGACUGCCUUGAAGACUACUUCAAUACCCAGGUCGACGUGAUGCGGGAUAGUGUCGAGCCUAAGAAGUCGGUACUCGAUGAGUUGCGUCACGAGGGCAGGCCGUCCCUGCUUGCCCACCACGGUUCGAGUAUGAGCAAAGAUGAAGCGAGCACAACGGCAGCGUCGCUCGUGUCCACGGACUCGCCAACGUCACUCAACGGCCAUGCCAAGCCAGACGACGACAACGAGGCCCAUACACAGCGGGCCCAUCCAGACCUGCACCGCAGCACCACGUGGGAUACUCCGCCGUCGCGGUCUGGAAAAGAGACGGCAGAGGGGGGGCUCUCCAACCACCCACGAGCCACACGACACCGAUCAGCAAGCGUCAUACAGAGCGUCGUCAUCGACGAGUCCGGGCACCCAUCUGCUGUUGAGGGGCCAGCAACAGCACGACACAAAUCCAAGUGGAAUCGGUCAACUGUAGUCAAGGCCGUCACCAUACCGGCGUGGCAGUUUUUCAAACUUAUCCCCUGGCAUGCGGUCUCCAGCACUGAGCCCAAGAACAACCUGGAGGUUGCCAUGAACUUUGACCAACGACCUGUCGUUGGCAUCUGUCUCAAGCGCUAUCUCGUGACUGAAUCCGGGCAACCCCAGAGGCACAACACGUACAUAGAUAUCCCCGACAGCCUGCGCCUGCCGCGCUUCAUGCUCGCCGGCGGAUCUGGCUCCGGCCACGAGGAUAGGGAUGGCCCGGUUCUGGACACCGAGUACAAACUCGUACUCCAAUCGGUCAUCUGUCACCGGGGCGAUAAUCUGCAGUGUGGGCACUACUUCUCGUUUGCCCGAGUAGCACCGAGGGUUCUCACCGACAACAGACGGCUCGACAUCGACCCGCCCCCCGAUUACGAGGAGGCGCAGUGGGUCAAGUUUGACGACCUUGAAGUCGACCAGGGGCGCGUCACCUACGUCGAGAACAUCAAGCAGGCACUGAAGGAGGCGAUGCCGUACCUGCUCUUCUACCAGGUGGUCCCCAUGGUGGAUGCGCCGUCUAGCGACGGCACGGCACCUGAACCUCCAUCGUAUGACGACUUCCGGGCCGAAGUCGCCAACCUGGACGGCAGCAAGGAUAUCACCAAGAAUGGCGACGUCCCGCCUGCCGCGUCCUCGGAUACUCUCCAGAGCCCGACAAGUAAGCCGCCCAGCAUACGCUUCUCGACCGAGAUGGAACGGCGAAGCAAGAGCUCCGACAUGACGACGGCGGCAGGUGGGCAGUCGCUGUUCACCGGCCUGCUGGGCCAGAUAGAGUCGCGGCGUCAGAGCAUGAACCUGACGGACUCGGCGGCAGCGACGCCGGCGCGGACCCCCGAGUGGCAGCAGUCGCCCCUGGCCGGCCCGGUGGACGAGACGACGGCAUCGCGGCUGUCCAGGGCGGCGGCCCGUUUCAAGGGGCGCCAGAGCCGACCGCCCAGCCAGUCAGGCGAGAACCGCGUGAGCAGCGCCAUGAGCCGCGUGGCCGGGCUCAUGAUACGCCCGAGCCGCGACAGCCUGAGCAAGGACGGGGCCAUGGCGGAGCCUCCGGCCCUGAGCAUCUCCAAGUCCGGGUCAAUCAACGGCCGUCUGAGCGCCAGCAUGGACGAGUCCAGGGCAAACAGCACUGAGUCCGUCGUCCCCUACGAGGAAGACAAGGCCACACCUACCGCUGCCGAUGCCGGCGCCGGCGCUCCUCCCGCCCCGGUCACCGCCCCCCCCUCAGCAGCAUCUACCAGGCCAUCGUCCCGGCAGGGAGCCGCUCACAAGAACGGCCACACGAGGAACAAGUCUACUCAAAAGGACAAGGAUAAAGAAAAGGCGGCGGGUAAACGCAAAGCUGUGUCUCACCAGCCAGAGAGGGAGUGUACCGUCAUGUAA